UGUGUGUGCGCGUGCAUGGCUGUUUACACGUGUAUUUACGUCUUUUUCUUGUUCUCGCGUUCUCUCAGUUCUUCGCUCGUGACUUACUCCCUAGUCGCCCCCUACCCUGGCUGUAGCUGUUUACCGAGGGCUGGCAACACGCUGCAGCUGAUGAAGGGUGCGCUGCAUGCCGCACGGUGCUGUACGGCUGCUGCUGCUGCAGGCCACGCGCUGACUGCACGUGGGAGUGCGUCACAGGCUGCAGCAGCGACGGACAGCAUCCAGUGGGGGAGGCGGACUACGGAAGCUGUGCAUGCGGUCAGCAGCACACAUACAGCAAUGUAACAGUACACUGUACACAGUCCGGGCUUGUACAUCAUCACACGCUGGAUGCCGCGGGUCUCAGGAAUUGCUUUUGCAAAAGUUUUCAGGUUUCUGAAGUUCUUUACCUCGGGAGCAAUUCACAAAGAAUACAAAUGGCUGCAUAGCAACAAAACGUACUUGAAUCCCUCAAGAUGGAAGACUGAAUCGCUCAUCACUGUAUCACGUGACAUUGUCUUCACCAUCAGAUGGCGCUGCCUUCACUUGCGACUGCCGUUACCUAGGCACAGAGUAUUAAUAGAACUUUGAAUCAGUCAUCUUGUUCUUUAGUUCUGAACCACAUGAAGCGUGACUUCGGGAGGACAAUGGCAACGAUUGCCGGCAGACAACUGCUGAUUGCUGAUUGGAGCAUCACCGGCAUGGACCAGCAUCUUGACUGGUAGGGGCAGUGCCCACACAAUGGAGGAGACAAUUCCAGUUAUUUAGGACUUACUGAGGCUAUUUUAGGAUUGCAAUAAGUUUUGUGGCAUCGAGGAUAUUUGUGGCAAGGUGAGGUGAUUAUCUUGUAAAAGUUUUGAGUUAGCGAAGAAGAAUGAGCUUGGACACAUUUACACUCAAGCAACAUGAGAGACUGAACGAAGAAACAAAACUCUGGGAAGUUGUCAGACAGUUGUGGAGAAAAAUGUUACAGGAGUUCGAGUGUUUGUGCUCCUUAGUGUUACGAACUCGUCAGAACUCUAAGUUUGUAACGAUUCCAUGGACCACACAGUGCUUUUAGCAGAAAAGAGGAAUUUCUCGAACCCCCACGUAUGAAUUUCUAAACAAUUGAAACUAACUGUUGAGAGAUCAUUUUGAGCUGUGUGCUUCAAGAAUAGGUGAUGCCAGAAGCACAAUGUUAUUUCUAUGACACAGGUGGUGUCGCAUGGUGUCGGUCUGAGAACUAGCGAUGACAGUCUAUGACACAUGUGAUGUCAAACUAAAAGUCAGUGACAAUUGUGUGAAGAUGUUUAUGCCAACCUUUCAGAGAUUAAAUAAGAAACUUGUUUUGCUGUCUUUGAGAUGAGAUAAUAAAUUGAUAAAGGGAUUACUGUAUCAAGAAAAUUCAAAAACAAGAACAUCUUUCUCAACAAAUGCGAUGUCCUGUGGUGGUCACCCCGAAUAAUCUCCAGACAGAAGUCAGCUGCCAGGAUGGACGACUCGACGAUGGUAGAGGACGUCAACGUGACGUGGAACACGACGUUGGAGCAGUUCCUGCUGGACCACCUGGGACCGCGCAGCAAGGACCUGGUGUCCGCCAUCAUCCUCACCUUCGUCUACUCUCUCAUCUUCCUCUCCGGUCUCAUCGGAAACAUCUGCACGUGCGUGGUCAUCGCGCGAAACAACUGCAUGCAGACGACCACCAACUACUACCUCUUCAGCCUCGCUGUGUCUGACCUCCUCCUCCUCUUCUUCGGCCUGCCACCCGAGUUAUAUGCUAUCUGGGAAGCGUACCCGUGGCGGCUGGGUGAAACCUUCUGCUACUUGCGACAAACGAUCCUCGAGCUGACGUCAUACGCGAGUGUGCUGACGAUCACAGCCUUCACUGUCGAGCGCUACCUGGCCAUCUGCAAGCCGCUGGUGGCCCACAAGAUCGCGGUGUUGUCACGUGCCGUCAAGAUCAUCGUCGCCAUCUGGAUCGUCUCUCUCCUCGCCGCCCUGCCCUACGCCGUGCACACCCGACUGUACCACUCCCUGCUGUGGCCGCCCACCGCCGCACCUCUGGAAGAUUCGCUCGUCUGCUCCAUUCCCGCCAAGUGGAUGGUGGGACGAAUGACAUUCAUGUUCCAGAUCUCGACCUUCCUGUUUUUCCUGGCCCCAGUCACGCUCAUCAUCUGCCUCUACAUCAUGAUUGGCAUCGCCCUGCGGAGCUCGCCUCUCGCCAGAGGCUCGUCAGAUGACAGCAGCCACACCAACAUCAAACACACCGCCCUGCCUUACCAGCCGCGCCGCGCCGUCGUCAGAAUGCUUGUGGCUGUGACCGUGGCCUUCAUCAUCUGUUGGGCGCCAUUCCACACACAGAGGCUGAUGGUGCUCUACGUCACUUCCUGGACGCCGGAGCUGCUGGCAGUGCAGUCACACAUCUUCUACAUCUCAGGCGUCCUGUACUUUGUCAGCUCCACAGUCAACCCCAUCCUGUACAACCUGAUGUCGCGCCGCUACCGCACCGCCUUCCGCCAGACCAUCUUUGGGCCGCUCCGCCGUCCGCGUCGCGAGAGCAGCCGGCCGCGCCUGGGCAGCAACACGACGUACAGACAGGCCGGCCACGGCGACAACAACUUCCACCAACAGCAGCGCCACUGCUUCCUCGCCAGGAACAUCCGCGGCCACCCGCAGGUCACGGGGUCAGCACGCGCGACAGAUGCGGGCUGCGGGCGGAAGGAUUCUCUCAACCUCAGGACGUCUCGCGCAAGGAGUCACCCCCUUCAUCCUCCUCCCAGGAGGGGGUGGGGCCGGCGGGGAGUCAGCUCGUCACAAGCCCUCUGUGUCCGAACAUUCUGGCAUGUCGACGCACGUGCCUGGCGGACAAGUCGCGGCAGUGCAGUGUUGCUGCUGCAAGCGCAUCGCAGCGGGGGCCGUGCGACGACGCACCGGUGUUCGCCAGCGACGCGCAGCACAAGCAGCAUGCUAAUGUAGGUGGAGCCGUUGACCCGUGCGUGCACGAUGGCGUGACGAGUGAGACUGUGGCCACCACGCAUGCGCCAAGCGGCACCAACCCUCGCCACUCGCAGACACUGCAGGAUGACAGCAGGCUGCGGGCUUCUUCACCAGGACGGCGUCAGCAGCGGUGUGCAGGGGGUGUGUAAACAGUGCCUCGUGCAUUCUGCCAACGGCGCCUUGCCGCAGUUCGGGGUCAUCGCGUAUCACGGGAGGAUUAACAUGAAGGAACCGAGAACCGUCGUCUGAUGUGCACGUUGAUUGUUCUUGACACGAGGUCAAAUAAUUAAGCACACGGAAAACGAGAAAGAGAGCGGACGAGUUUUCUCGAAAAAUGUGAGAAGAAAACACCAACUGGUAGGACUGGUAGGGUGCCUCCAUGAAAUACAAGAUUUAACGUCAGGUUUGAGAUGGAUGAGGAUGCAACGUUGAUUUUAAAACAAAAUAUAUAUUCUUGUGUUCUCCCCUAUAUCUCUGUGAAUAAAGCGGGAGAAGACAAAAAAAAAACAAACAAAAAAAACAAAAAAAACAAAAACAAGCGAUCAAAGAAGAAGAAGAAAGAAGAAGAAGAAGAAGAUGAUGAUGAUGAUGAUGAUGAUGAUGAUGAUGAUGAUGAUGAUGAUGAUGAUGAUUGUUUUAUGAUGUCUAUGUAUAAUCAGCCGAUCUAUGUAAUGACCGCUACAGAGUUUUACACUAUUCGCUUAUGUGGCGCGAAGUUUUGGUGUUUUCUUCACAGAAAAAGUGAAGUUGUCAGUGAGAUCAGUUAUUAGCUUGUUGUGCAAGCAGACUGUCAGCAGUGUACAUUCCGUUAUUUGCUCAUACCGCUCACUAUGCUUUAUACCUCUACUCUGAGCCUGAAUAAUGUCACGUACAGUUUACAAGUACAGCUCACGUACAGUUCACGUAAAGUUGACGUACAGCUCACGUACAGUUCACGUAAAUUUGACGUACAGGUCACGUACAGUUCACGUAAAGUUGACGUACAGCUCACGUACAGUUCACGUAAAGAUCACGUAACAGUUCACGUACAGGUCACGUACAGAUCACGUACAGUUCCUGUUUUGACAAAAGAGGUUUAUUUUUUUGUAAACGAAAGAAGACUGAAAACAUCGCCAUGCACCUAGAAGUACAUCGUACGGCAAUACUACAUCAGGGCUUUAUGUUUUGUGUGUAAGUUUUAUGUCACAUGACACCCAGGGUUAAUUUUGCUUUGUUUGCCCUGUUUUCUCUUGUGUACCACUUUCUUGUACUUCUUCCCUGUACCGUGUCUCAGUCAGGGUACAACUGCAUGGUAACUCUUGUGCCUUGUAGUUUGUUUUUGUUUCACGUGAACGGAAUCCCACUUGUUUCACCGAUGUUAUGUUACAGUGCAUCAAGGGAUGUGGAAGAUAAUAAAUGCUCAGUCUACAGUCAGUAGUUCUGCUGUCUAUGCCGAUAAUAUAUUCAUCACCCAUAUCGUUGCCAAUCCUGUACAAUUAGUCAUCAAGACGGACGGACGACGGACGGACGACGGAAGGAGAAUUUUCUUCUCUCGUGAUUGUAAUGUGAUUUCGGUAUUUAUUUCUUUUCCUUUCGGAGCUCGCAUUAUGUCUCAGGGACCAGUGCGAUUAUUUUCGUAUUAUUUGUAAUCCCUUGGCAAGCCACUGCAAGUUCAUCAUAUUUAUAAAUUACAGGGCGAAUGAUAAUUAACUUUAAUUACCUUUUAUGAAGUCUAAUUCUCUCAGUUUUUAUAUUUCUUCCACCCCUGCAUAGUAUACGGUGUGUAUGUUUUGCUCAGCUCUAGAUUAAAUAUCUCAUUAAAAAUAUCGCAGAAUCGCCAAUUUUACAAGAUGAGGUGAUGUGGAGAUUUAUUUGAGGAGUACAAGAUGCGAGAAGUAAUGAAAGUCAAACAGGAAACUGCCGAUAGUUUUAUUGUUACGAACUUUGAACCCUGAACCUCGGCAAGAGAUCGCUCACUGUUCGUAUGUCUGUCUUCGCCAGCAAUACCUUGAGGGUAGAACCCGAUGGACACAUUGCUGGAAGUUUGCAAACUUGGCUAGAAAACAUUUCACUCAUCGAUGCUUUAUGUGCCUCGAUUGUUUGUUUGAUCUUGAUGUUGAUUACAAAUAAAGAUGGAAU